AUGAAAUUUUAAGUACCAGAGAAACCAUUUACUCCAGGUGAGAUAUUGUUGGGGUUAUUAAGACCAAAAUUCAUAGGUGGCAUCAUAUUUGGCAUCAUGUUAGGAUUAGGUGGCAUCAUAUUUGGCAUCAUGUUAGGGUUAGGUGGCAUCAUAUUUGGUUGCAUCAUAUUAGGAUUUGGUGGCAUUAUAUUAGGUUUCAUAUUAUUUUAAUUAAGAUUGCCCAUAUUAUUAAAAUUUGGAUUCAUAUUAUUAUUAUUAUUAGCAUUUAAAGGCAUAUUCAUAAAAUUUUGCAUAUUUUAAAAGCUGCUCUAUGGGACUCCGUUUCCGUUCAUUCUUAUGCUCGUUUUGAUUUUCUACUUUUUCUUAUUUUACUUUUUUUAAGAUACAAAAAUUAGAUUUUUUAAUAAUUUUCUAAUUAUUUUUAUUAAUAUAAAAAUAUCAAUAAUGUUUUUGAUUUCACAUUAUAUCUCUUUCGUUAAAUAUUCUAAUAGCUUCAUAAUAAUUUAGUAUAAAAUUUUUUUAUUUCAAUAAAAUAUCAAUAUUCUUUUAGAAACAUCUUACUUCCCUAAUAGAAACUAUAAAAAAUAUAAGAAAGGGAAUUAAUUUUCCAUAAAUACUUCUGAAAGCUUUUCCAAAAUAAUAAAACAAAAUUUUUUAUAUAAAAAUUAGAAAAAAAAAUUGAAUUUUAGUCAAACAAAGUAGCUAGAUGGCAAAUAUUAUAAUAUGAAAAAAAAAAAUCCAAAUUGA